CUCAUUAAAAGUUUAAAAUUACUUAAAAUUGCGUUAGAGAUAGUGUUAAACUGUAGACUUUACCUUUAGAUGAAGUGAAUUAAAAUGUAAUUUGUUUUUAUACGCUUUCCAUGUUUAUAUAAUCGCUGAUGAAUGACAUGUCAAUUCGGUUUGGAUCUAAAAUCGAUCAAUUCAUUUAUCUUCGCCUAUUCUUGUAUGUUCAGUGUUGUAUCAUUUUCAUUAUCAGUAAUGAACGGGUUGAUUGUAGAGACGUUGACUUUAAUUCUCGCUACUUGAAUUAGAUUCAAUUUAAAAUCUCCAUUCAGUGAUAAAGAAAGGACAUAUAUACAUACAGGAAAUGUGAAAUAUCUUAAUGCAUAUUUUUCAAGAUCAAUAGUUAUUAAGUUAUUUUAUAAGAAAGUUGAAUUGCAUGUAUUGAAAGUUAAAAAAUCAUUCAAAAUUGAAAAAUGAAGAAAAAGAAAAUUGUCAGGGAAAGUGGCAUAAAAGCAUCAGUAGAUAGUGUUGCCUCUGUAAGAAGGCUGUCACUUUCCUCAUCUAGUGACAAGAUUCCACUAGAAACAAACAAAGCAGACACCAUGGUACUACAGAAUAGCAAAGCUAAAAGUAUGAAUGGAGCCAAAAGUUCUAAGGAGUCUACACCUGUUGUAAUGAACCCAAUUGAUCCAAAAACUAUGCUUUUCUUUGAGGCAAUACGGGAAGGAUCAAUUCAGAAAACAAAAGCCAUUUUACGCGGAAAAAAUAUGAAUAUGAACACAAGAGAUCUAAAUGACAAAAAUACACCCACUGCACUUAUCGUGGCAUGUGAGGUUAAUAACACGGAAAUUGUGAAACUGUUGUUGACAAUGAAGAAAGCCAGAAUUCUGGAUGUAAAUCAGGAGGAUAAAGUUGGACGGAGACCUAUUUGGAUAGCUGCAUGGAAGGGUAAUGCUGAAAUAGCUGAUUUAUUAUUGAAUACUAGAGGAACAGAAUGUGAUGUAAACUUCAUUGAUAAAGAGUCGGGUACCAGUCCACUGUAUCGUGCCAUUCUAAGUAACUCUGAGGAGACAGCACACCUACUGAUAUCAGCAAAAGCUGAUGUUAACAUGAGGAGAAUGGGUGUGAACCUAAAUGGAGCAGAAACACCUCUCAUAAAAGCUGUACAGAUGAACAACAAAGCAAUUGUGGAACAUCUUGUCAAUGCUCUAUGUAAAAUACAGGCCAGGACACAAGAGGGAUUCAACGCGUUACAUUAUUGUGUAGCCUAUAGGAGAUAUGACAUUGCCGAGUACCUCCUGCAGAAUGAGAUUAAAAUUCACGCAAAGAGUCAUAAUGGUAUAACAGCAAUGACCGUGGCGAUUGAGCAUCACAAUCCUGCGAUGGUGAAACUACUUAUAGAGUAUGGUUACAAAAUGGACAAAAGGUACCAAUGGAAGGAAACGCCCCUCUCUCAGGCUAUAAACCUGCAUAGUGAGGAAUGUGCAAUGACAUUGAUUCACCAAGGUUGUGAACUGAAGAAAAAGCGCGGGCAUUCAUAUUUCAUGAUGGCCGUGGACGAGAAAUUGAUGAAGUUAGCAAAGUUCAUGGCUGCAGUUCAACCACAGUUUCUACAGCAAAGUUGGGUAAAAACCAAGCAGUGGCCUGUUUCUAUCUACCAUAGACCGGACAUUAUCCGAUGGUUGGAGCAAGAAUCAGACAAGGUGCGAUCUCUACGCCAGCUCUGCCGCGGUAAAAUAUUCAGGUUACUUGGAAAGUACCCUGAUAAUAAACUUAAGAAAUUGAACUUAACUGACACUCUAAGAGAGUAUGUUUCAUAUAAAUCUCAUGUGAAGGAUGAAUUCUACGUCCAGAAUUCACUAGAUCUUAAGGGAGAAUGUCCUAUCGAAUGCCCAGCAAUAUGUGCAAGAAAAUAUUGUCCGCCAAUAGAAUUCUCAAGUUCAUCAGAAUCAGACUCCAGCAUUGAUGAUGAUGACAUAGAUUCACAAGGGGCAAAUGGACACCACAAUCGCAAUCAUUUAAAUAACCCAAAUGAUCAUGACCAUGAUCAUGAUGAUGAUGAUGACAAGAAAUGUUGUGACUACUGCAAAUAACUGUUUUU